AUGAUGAAAGCUGUACUCCUCGUCUGCUCCCAAGUGUUCAUGAUCCAGUCUAUCGCUGGACAGUGCACUGGACCUAAGCUGGCAGCUCCGUACGGUGCUGCUUGGCCAGCUACUCCCUUGGCAGCUCCCUGUGCAUAUGAAGCUGCUGCCGUCCCAGCUUCCAAUGGCGGUGGACUCGGCGUAUCAAGUGCAUCUGCCAUACCACCAAGUGGAGUAUCGGUUGUAUCUGAAAACGCCGUUGAAGGAGCUCUUGCAGUCACUGGUGCUCUGCCGUUCUUAGGAACUGUGGCUUUAGAAGGCGCUCUGCCAACUGCUGGUGCUGGUGCUGUCAAUUACGCCUGUGGAAGUGGAGUCGUCACCAUAGUGGCUGAAGAUAUUGCUCCCGCUGGAAUAGUUGGACCAUUCGGCUUGGGUGUUGGUCCUCUGGCUGUUGAUGCACUUGGCUACGGUUCCCUCGGCUACGGUGCUGGACCUUAUGCUCAUGCUGGUUGUGGUGCUCUCAUAUAA